UUUGGCUUGGCCCAGGAGUUCUCAUUAUCAACUGGAAUCUCUUCAGACCCUCUCCCUCCAUCAAAAGUUCCCCAACUUUGUCCUAGCCAUCACAACUCUUUCAUCUCUUUUAUCACUUAUUAGUCCUCACACUAUACUUCUCGAUCUCUUGACGACACUACUGAAAGGGAAAGUCUAGCUAGAGACGCCUCUUGCUAUCUCGACCUCACUCUUCCCCCCCCCCUAGCCAAUAAGCUGGGAUCAAGCGCACUAUCACCUACAUUGCGGUUCCUUCCGCAUGCCUUCCCGACGGAUAUCCAUAGAAAGUUCGCAGGCAGGCCACCAGCAGUUCGUCACCCUGGAACGCUCUCACUCCUACCAUCAUCACCCCCGUCAUGGCCAUCAUGGCCAUGACCACGGGUACUACCGUGUGAGCAAAGACGCGUGGAAGGAACUGUUGGAGAGGGAGCGCCAGCUCCGCGAGACCAACAAGGCCCUGGCCUGCAAGAAUGAAGCCCUCAAGUGCGAGAAUGAAGCCCUCAAGUGCGACCUGGAGAACGCCAGGGCCGACCUUCGACGGUAUCAAGACCUGGUCUCCCAUCUCAAGCGCCAGAUCAAAGCCCUCGAGGACGAAAACUGUUCCUUGCGACGCUCCCUCGACUGUGCGAGGGAGCACUCGGAGAAGCAUCACGCCGAGAUGGAGAAGCUCAAACAGAGGCUGCACAAGGCCGAGCAAGAAAUCAAGUCGCUCCAGGCGAGGAUAAAAGAGCUGCUGAAAGAGGUGAAGGAGGGGGGUUCGUGCCUGAUUCUUGAGCUGAAGCGGAGCAUCGAGGAGUGGAAAAGGAGAUGUUACGCCUAUUACGAUCAGAACAAGAGUCUCCGAGAUGCUAUCAACGAACGGGAUUGUAUCAUCGACAAACAGCGUGAUCGGCUCACCAACUACGAACGCAUACUGAUACGGCAUGGUCUUAUACCUCGGAGCGAUUAACGGGCGGGAAGAAGGGUUGAUCUGCUCGCUUUUUAUUGUCUUCUCCUUUGCUUUUUAGACUUCAGAGCGUGUUUUUCUGUGGAUCCGUGUUCGGGGUAUCGCGUGGACUGGGAGGUCGGCAAUUCUAUUGGGCUCAUGAUUUCCUUCGCAGUCCCGAGUUCGCUUCAGUGGCUUGUUUCUUUCGUUUUUGUUCUUGUUGGUCAGUUUUGUGCAUGGAGUAAGAGUGGUUUCCUGAGCAAGUAUUGGCUGGCAAUGCAACAAGGAAGGCUCUAUUUGGAUGCCCCUGAG